CAGCCGCCGCCCCUCGCCCCGCGGGCCUGGCGCCGACAUGCGACACGGGUAGCCCGCGCGCUUCGGGAGCAGCGGAGGAGCCCCCCGGCCUGGGCGCGCAAGAGGACAGGGGUUAAAAUGAAUGAAGACCUGAAGGGCAAUGUAAGCGGGCUGCCUCGGGAUUAUUUAGAUGCCCGUGCUGCGGAGAACGUCUCGGCUGCUGCCUCCUCCCAGGUUCCUGUUGUAGAGCCAGAGCCAGAGCUCGUGGUCAACCCCUGGGACAUUGUCUUGUGUACCUCGGGUACCCUCAUCUCCUGUGAGAAUGCCAUCGUGGUCCUUAUCAUCUUCCAUAACCCUAGCCUGCGUGCACCCAUGUUCCUGCUGAUAGGCAGCCUGGCUCUUGCAGACCUGCUGGCCGGCAUCGGACUGAUCAUCAAUUUUGUUUUUGCCUACCUGCUUCAGUCAGAAGCCACCAAGCUGGUCACAAUUGGACUCAUUGUCGCCUCUUUCUCUGCCUCUGUCUGCAGCUUGCUGGCUAUCACUGUGGACCGCUACCUCUCCCUGUAUUACGCUCUGACCUACCACUCGGAGAGGACGGUCACAUUUACCUAUGUCAUGCUGAUCAUGCUCUGGGGGACGUCCAUCUGCCUGGGACUGCUGCCCAUCCUGGGCUGGAACUGCCUCCGAGACGAGUCCACCUGCAGUGUGGUCAGACCCCUCACCAAGAACAACGCCGCCAUCCUCUCCAUCUCCUUCCUCUUCAUGUUUGCACUCAUGCUCCAGCUCUACAUCCAGAUCUGCAAGAUUGUGAUGAGGCACGCCCACCAGAUCGCCCUGCAGCACCACUUCCUGGCCACCUCGCACUACGUGACCACCCGGAAGGGGGUAUCGACCCUGGCCAUCAUCCUGGGGACCUUCGCUGCUUGCUGGAUGCCUUUCACCCUCUAUUCCUUGAUAGCUGAUUACACCUACCCCUCCAUCUACACCUACGCCACCCUCCUGCCCGCCACCUACAAUUCCAUCAUCAACCCUGUCAUCUAUGCUUUCCGAAACCAAGAGAUCCAGAAAGCCCUCUGCCUCAUUUGCUGCGGCUGCGUCCCGUCCAGCCUCUCCCAGAGAGCGCGGUCACCCAGCGACGUGUAGCAGCCCUCCACGCAGGGGAACACUGCGUUUACCAAGCACUCCCACUGCCUGGCCAAAUGGUUGAGAUGCUUUCCUUAAAUCCUUUCUGCUGGAUUCUCUUUGAGCCAUAGGAGAGCUCAGCACUCGUGAAGCAUUCGUUUAGAUGAGUUAAGUGAUUGAAGUGAAAAUAAUGCUCUUAGUGUUUUCACUCUUAAAAAAAAUGGUUGAGUUCUUCGCUCAAUAUUAUUUUGUUUUGUUUGGUGGGUGGGCUUUUAAAAAAAUAUCUUUGGAGGUAGGGUUUUUGUUUUCUGUUCUGUUGGGAGGAUUGGUAGUGGGUGGGAAAGGAAGGGCUAUGACAUGUCCAUGAAAUUAUAAAAAGUAAACUGGUCCCAGAGUUUACCAGACUUUAAAAUAAAACUGAGUUAUUGAGGAAAAUGGAGAAGUUACUUUUUGCAGGCUUUGUUGUUUUAAUGUCAAGGUAGAUUUUCACUGCCAUGUGUAUCUACCAAAAUGCAGUCACUCUCAAGCCAACAGAAAUCGUUUACAUGGUUAUGUUUGGAAGGAACCUGAUUUUAGUAACAUGAACUCAGUAAUAAGUUACCAACAUUGAAACCGUGAACCCCCGUUCUUAUUCAUUCUUUCCUUCCUUUCAGCAAUUACUGUUUACCAGAGUUAUUUUGGUAUUUCUAUGAAUGUUGUAAUUCUUUCUGCAUGGUUGCCUGUGUUAGCUAGACCACUAGUUUCAAAUGUUGCCGUGUAAAUCCAGAAUCAAAUGUGAAUCACUUUUUAAUAUAGUUUUUCAAUAUGUCCUUCUAAAAUGAAUUGUGAAAUUUGUCUUGAUUUACAUAUGAAGUAAGAUUGAUUAGGUACACCAUGUAGUUUUUUAAACUACAGUCUCAUUGUGUUCAGGAAACAAAAGAAAAAAAAUGAAUAAUAUUAUUAAAAGUAGAUUAAAAUUAUUUUAGUAUAUUCUGAAAAAAUAAAUCCAUGGAAAGCUAUCAGAAAAUAUGAAAAGCACCACCUUUCCUAUCUCUCUCUAUUUAAGACUAUAUUAAUAGGUAUUCUUGAUUGAAGCAAAUAGAAUUAAAUAUUGUAGACAAGUAUUUCUGUUCAUACUGUCUGUGGUAGCAGUGCAUUUGAAACAGGUGGUCUCCUAUUUUCCUGAUUCAGUUAGUGAACAACGUACCUGUCUGAUUGUGAUGUGUAUCAGCUCUGUCCUGUAAGUUUACAGCCAGAAUGACCACAUGGCUGUUUGUGAAAAGUUAAAUUUGAACUCUGAUCUUUCUCUUCACCAAAAAACAACUUAAAUGCAAUAAAAACUAUAUUGCCUGUUUUCAAAGAUCAAGGAUUUAGUCAGGAAAUGACACAGAAGAAUUCAUUUUAUAUAUAUUGUAAAAUCGUUGUGUCUGAGUGUCACUUCCAUUAGCGAGACAGACGUUCUGGACACGGAUAACCUUCCCUCUGUUUGCAGUGCGUUUAUGGCUGUGUCUGUACAACCAGUGGAAGACUUUCUGGACAGCACAUCAGCGUAGCCCAAGCCUGGUGUUUCAGGGCCCUUGGGGAUUCAUCAGUAAUAAGUUGACGUCGUUGGUCUGUCCCAAACAUUAUGCCGGUGGUGGUCGCAGGACCGGUACAACAGCCCGCAUGCCGGUACCACCUCCAGCGCCCCUCAAAUCAUAGCACAAGCGUGAGCAAACCCUAGGCUUGAAUCUGUGCCUCCUCCCUUAGGUUACUUUGAAGCAGGAGAGGGGUUGAAAUAUUUCAGAAGUGGGAGAGGAUUUCAGUACAUAUCACUGUACGAUCAAUCUCGUCAAGCUGAUGCCUUUAAAAAAAAUCCAUCAACAUGGGAUGCAGCUGGCAGGCCAAAUAUGUUGAAUAUGUUUUUAAUCACUUAAAAGUUAAUAGCGUCCCCAUGUGAGAAAUGACGAGGUAAGACCGGUUUUGACGGGGGCCGGGGGAGUAUCCAUAGUGAGGCUUGAAAGCGGUAAAUGACGUUUCUGCAGAAAUGGUGGUUGCCAUUUGCAUAUCUCUAGUAGUAAAAAUUACAGUGUGUUUCACCGCAUGUUGUGUGCCGGCCCCAUGCUGGGGGCUUUACCUGCUCUGUUCCUAUAUUCACAAACACACACUUCUAAAUUUAAGAAAACUGAGGGUAAGAGAACCUAAGAAAUUGGUCCGAGGCCACAGAGCUUCAAGGGUAAAGCCAGGCUCUGAACCCAGGUUUUCCGAAGUCCCUGCCUUUCUCCUUCCCCACAUGGGGCUGCCUUUGAUGCCCCCCUGGAUCCAAGAGGGAGGAAAAGAUUUAUAACAUGGUACUGCCACUAACGCUUUAGUUCCACAGUUAAGACAUAAAGGUUCCUGUUUAAAAUUACAUGUGAUGGGACUGUCAGCUUGGUCCUACUACGUGGAAGGGGUCUGGGUUACUUAGGUGUCCUCUCCUCCACUUGGAGCCGAGACCAACCCCCAGAGGCACAUGGCAAUAUUUUAAUUUAAAGACGUGAGGGCAGUCUUACUGUGCAGAGAUUCUCCCUUCAUUUACUAUUUUUAGGGGAGGGGAAAUUAGGUUUAUUUAUUUACUGUUUUUCUUUUUCUAAUGGAGGUACUGGAGAUUGAACCCAGGACCAUUUACUGUUUUAAAUUUCAUGUUAUCCACUUAACAUCAGUACAUAAUGAUCUUGUAAGUCCUGUAAAUGGUUGAUUUUGCCUCCUAGUUUUAAAACAUCUGCUUUCCACUGAGAUUUUUCAAUCGACUACAACAUGUCCUUUCUGUGGACUUUAAAUUGUGAAGAAUUCUGGAUGUUUAUGUGGUUUCUUCAAAGCGUCUUGUUUCUACCGGGUUAAUGAUUAAGAUAUGCUCAUGUGUCUUGAUAUAUAUGUGUACGUCUCUGUAGGUGUUUGUGUAUGUGUAAUAUGCUUAUAUAUGUUCAAUAAGAUGAACUUUGCAACUGAAAACAGCAUGGAAAACAGUCAUUUGCCAGCAGUCCUGAGGUAGCAGGUAAUCUUUUACUCCAUGUGAUUAAAAUUUUUAGCUGCCAAGAAACUUGUAUUAUUUCCAGUAGAAAGAGUUACACUUGUAACGAUGACAGCUCAGUUCUAGGCUCAUUAUCCAAGUUGUGGCGUCCUGGGGUUUGUUUCCUUUUAUCCCUCGUAGCUCUGUUUCUUUGUCUCUGUCACGGUUGUUUCUUGGUGGUGGAGGGGACUGUUCCCUCUGGUACCUGGAGGCAGAGGGGGUGACCCCGAGGAGAGCACCUCCUUUCCCUGAAGCCUAAAUUACACAGCUGCGUUCAGGAGGGGAGAAAUCCUCGGGUGACUUGGCAGCAGGAAUCGUCUGGGAGUCCUCCAGAAUUUAAA